ACAAUGAAGUCCGCUACUCUCUUGGGAGCCAUUCUUGCCGUGGCGGUUGAUGCUGCACCAACCGCCGACGAGCUUUAUCCCUAUACUGGGCCCAAGAUCCCCGUUGGCGACUGGCUUGAUCCCACUGUCAAUGGCAAUGGUAAAGGAUUCGUGCGACUGGUAGAACCGCCUGCUGUGAAGCCAGCUUCUUCGAACCCCACCAACAACGUCAAUGUCAUUUCCAUUUCAUACGUACCUAACGGCAUCAACAUCCACUAUCAGACACCCUUCGGCCUGGGAGAGGCACCCUCGGUCGUUUGGGGAACUAGUGCAUCUGAUCUCAGCAAUACCGCUACCGGUAAAUCAGUGACAUACGGCCGUACUCCGUCAUGCUCCCUUGUUGUAACAACUCAGUGCAGCGAAUUCUUCCAUGAUGUCCAGAUUGGCAACCUGAAGCCCGGAACGACUUACUAUUAUCAGAUUCCGGCAGCCAACGGCACCACUGCAUCUGAUGUUCUGUCUUUUAAGACUGCCAAGGAGGCAGGUGACUCUUCUGAAUUCACCAUUGCGGUCGUAAAUGACAUGGGCUACACCAACGCUGGUGGAACCUACAAGUACGUCAAUGAGGCCGUCAACAACGGUGCCGCAUUCAUUUGGCACGGAGGCGACAUUAGCUACGCCGAUGAUUGGUAUUCUGGUAUACUUCCGUGUGAAAGUGACUGGCCUGUUUGUUACAAUGGCACCUCUACUGAGUUGCCCGGAGGUGGCCCUAUCCCGAAGGAAUAUGACACGCCUCUUCCGGCCGGAGAAAUUGCCAACCAAGGUGGCCCCCAAGGCGGAGAUAUGAGCGUCCUAUAUGAAUCGAACUGGGAUCUAUGGCAGCAGUGGAUGAACUCCGUCACCCUUAAGGCCCCUUACAUGGUCUUGCCCGGUAACCAUGAAGCCAGCUGCGCCGAAUUUGAUGGCCCUGGCAACGUCCUCACAGCCUACCUGAACAAGAACCAGCCUAACGGCAGUGCUGCCAAGUCUUCCCUUACGUAUUAUAGCUGCCCCCCUUCUCAAAGGAACUUCACUGCCUUUCAAAACAGAUUCCGCAUGCCUGGAGGUGAGACUGGAGGUGUUGGUAACUUCUGGUAUUCAUUCGAUUAUGGCCUUGCUCAUUUCGUCUCUCUCGACGGAGAGACUGAUUACCCGAAUAGCCCCGAGUGGCCUUUUGCUAAGGACGUGAAGGGAAACCAAACUCAUCCUUUUGCUAACCAGACAUAUGUCACUGACAGUGGCCCGUUCGGCGCUGUUGACGGUGACUAUAACGACAAAAAGGCCUAUGCUCAGUACCAAUGGUUGAAGAAGGAUUUGGAGAGUGUCGACCGCUGCAAGACCCCCUGGGUUAUUGCAAUGAGCCACCGUCCGUUUUAUAGUUCACAGGUCUCGUCUUACCAGAAGACCAUUCGCGCGGCUUUUGAGGAUCUCAUGCUGCAAAAUGGAGUCGAUCUCUAUCUCUCUGGACACAUUCACUGGUAUGAGCGCCUUCUUCCUCUCGGAAGCAAUGGUACUAUUGAUGAGGCCUCUGUGAUCAAUAACAACACAUACUGGACAAACCCAGGUGUUUCUAUGGCCCAUAUCAUCAACGGAGCUGCAGGAAACAUUGAGAGCCACAGUACUCUUGGCUCAGACCCUCUUUUGAACAUUACUACUUAUCUUGAUCAGACCAACUUUGGAUUUGGUGGAUUGACCGUUCACAACGCCACCGCUCUUUCAUGGAGCUAUAUUCACGGCUCUGAUGGUUCUAAGGGCGAUGAGCUUAUCCUUUUGAAGAGAGAUUCAAAGGGAACCUGUGGCUCCUCGAGCAGCUCCUCCGCAGCUACCAGUGUCGCUACUGCGACAUCUGCCUCUCAGUCAGCCGGCGCAACUACCAUCACUGAAGUUGUCACUAGCUACACAACUUAUUGCCCAGGCAGCACUGUAUUUACAGCUGGAUCUAGCACUUACACUGUUACUCAGGCCACUACCCUCACUAUCACCGAUUGCCCUUGCACCCUUACCCAUACCAUCUCGAAUGGAGCCACAAUCACUUCUGAGAGCACUCCCGCCGGCCAGACCGGUGCGACCGAGUCAGCAACUAGUUCUCCUGUGGCUUGGAACAGCACAUUGGCUACCGGAGGAGUAACAACCACCGCCACUGGUGGCGCUACCGCUCCCACAGUACCCGUUGGUAGCAGUGCGAGCCACGCGUUGGUUCUGCCAAGCUUCACCUGCAUUCUUUUGGCCCUACUCUCUCUUCUGUAGAUUUCACAGUUGUGUCUAGAAAGGCUGUAGGAUAGCAGUAUGCGAAUGAACUCGGAGGGAUUAAUAACGUAAUAAUUGAGAUUUCGAGGAAAAGAAAUGCUUGUUCUAUUUGCCAGUUUUUAACCUCUAAAUAAAAGAAUAUAUUUUUAUACUGUCUAUU